UCCAAUCAUCCCACAUUACUUAUAACUCAUGUGUUUCUCCCUCAAACCCUCAUUUCAAACCCCAAGAAUAUGCCAUUCCCAUCCAUCCCCAAAACCUCAAUCCACAACACUUGAAAAUUAAUUCAUCCCCCAAAAUGCCAUCCACACAUUCCAAACACAUGGAAAGCCCCUCCCUCUUCUCCCUCCUCCGCCACACCACCAACCCCAAAAAAUCAUCCAAGGGCAGCGGUGGUAGUGGCGGAGGUGGGAGCAAGGGCAAGGGAGGAGGCGGUGGCGGCCUCCUCCGCAUGUUCAAGCUCCUCCCAAUGCUCACCACCGGAUGCAAGAUGGCGGCCCUCCUGGGGAGCCUCCACCGCAAGCCCCUCCUGACGGACAGGGCCACCACAGUGACCCUGUUCGGGUACAGGAAGGCGAGGCUGUGCCUUGCCAUCCAGGAGGACCCCCACCGGCCUCCCGUGUUCGUGGUGGAGCUCCCCAUGCUGACCACGGCCCUCCACCGGGAGAUGGCCUCGGACAUGCUGCGGAUCGCGCUGGAGACGGAGACGAGGAGCCACAAGAAGAGGCUGCUGGAGGAGUACGUGUGGGGCGUGUACUGCAACGGGCGGAAGGUAGGGUACUCGAUCCGGAGGAAGAACAUGAGCGAGGACGAGGCGCAUGUGAUGCAGCUGCUGAGAGGAGUGUCGAUGGGCGCCGGGGUGCUGCCCAGCCUCUCGGAAAAAGAGUAUGCGGCCGACGGCGAACUCACCUAUAUAAGGGCGAGGUUUGAUAGGGUUGUUGGAUCCAAGGAUUCCGAGUCGUUUUACAUGAUCAAUCCCGAAGGUGCUUCUUCGCCACAAGAGCUUAGUAUUUUCUUUCUCAGGCUUCGAUGAUUUUUUACUUUUUUUUUUUUGUUUUUUUUUUUGUUUUGGUAUAGUAAGGUCAUGACUAGUGUGUAAUGAUUUACAUAUUAUUUCAAUAGCCAUUACAUAUGAAAUGGUAUUUAUGAAUAAUGAUUUUUUGGAGGAGUGAAUAAAAUUGGU